GGGGUGACGUCAGAGCCGAGUCCCCAGCUGACCGUCGAGCAGAGCCACUCUUCACUCUUUCCUCUUUUACUUCGUUGUUUUCGUGUUUAUUCCGCGCUGAAACCGGACCACGGACCACUGGACUCCGGCCGUGACGGCUCCCGAACCCCGUCCUGCCGUCGGAGCGGCCGUUUCCGCGACGUUUCCUCUCUGAAAUACUGCAGGUUGCGCAAGUUUCACCUCCUUUUCGGGGUUUCAGGAUGGGAUCGAGGGCGUCCACGCUGCUGCGGGAAGAGGAAAUCGAGGAGAUCAAGAAGGAGACCGGCUUCUCCCACAGCCAGAUCACCCGGCUGUACAGCCGCUUCACCAGCCUGGACAAAGGAGAAAACGGUGCCCUCAGCCGCGAGGACUUCCAGAGGAUCCCUGAACUGGCCAUCAACCCCCUGGGGGACCGGAUCAUCAACGCCUUCUUCCCCGAGGGGGAGGACCAGGUCAACUUCCGGGGCUUCAUGCGGACGUUGGCCCACUUCAGGCCGAUCGACGACAACGAGAAGAAGAGCGCCGCCAGCAGUGAGCCGCCGCUCAACAGUCGGGCCAACAAGCUGCAGUUCGCUUUCCGGAUGUACGACCUUGACAGAGACGACAAAAUCUCCAGAGACGAGCUGCUGCAGGUGCUGCGGAUGAUGGUUGGCGUGAACAUCUCCGACGACCAGCUGGGCAGCAUCGCUGACCGGACCAUCCAGGAGGCCGACACGUCCGGGGACGGCUGCAUCUCCUUCAACGAGUUCAUGAAGGUCUUGGAGAACGUCGACGUGGAACACAAAAUGAGCAUCCGGUUUCUGCACUAAAGCCUCUCUUCUCUCCUCUCCUCAUCGUCAGCUGUAGAUUCUGCCUUUGCACUGUUCUGUUCACGCAGGGAGACGUGCCUUUGCUCGUUUUAUGCAAUGUCAUCCCGUAUGUUUUCCCAUUUACUGAAAUGUGUAUGUCUCCUCGAAAGAAAAAAAACAAACAAACAACUGAUUUAUAUAAAAGUCUUUCGCCACGAGUUCAUGUUCCGCUCAUAUUUGUCUCCGUGAGUCUGCAGCAGCUGAAAAUGAUCAUUUCACAUACAGCCCGACUCUCUGGAGAGAAAAACGAUCAAAUUCAUAGAUUCAUACUUUAGAAACUGGUGUUUCCAGCUCCUGGCGGGAGUCUGGAAAUCAGCACGUCUCCAGUUAAGACGGUUACAAGAGGACUCGAUAAAGACGAGUCAGAACCAGAGACGGACAAUGGAUUUCCAGGCUGAGAACCGGUUGGGUUCUCACUGAAGUGCCCUGGUUUCCCUGAAGUUAUUAUCUUAGUAGAGAGGACCUUGUAGCCUUCUGUGUGUAUUAUAUUCAUAGGAUUAUUUUAGUAACUAUUUCAGCUUUUUUGGACUUCACCAAAGCAAGUUAGCCCCCCCUUCCCCUUCAAGUGGAUGUUGGAGCUGCUGAUAACAUUAAAGUCUUAUUUAUGUGGGUCCCUCCGCGCUCCAGUGCUGGCGGGUGGUGAACUUGUGAUUCUAGGGAUUUAUCUGCCUCCCUGAGUUGCUUACAGAGAGACGGAGCACCACGUUGGGAUGUAAUAAGCGCCUCCUCGGGGGGGCGGAUCCUGCGGAGGAGCCGCCAAGCUACAUAGACCAGGUUCAGGGGACACGUCUGACACGUCUGAGGGGAAACGUUGGUUCAAGCGCCGCGGCCUGAGUAGAUGUUUCACUCCUCUUUUUAAUAUUUAAUGUGACUUUGUUAAAUCAUUGCGCCCUCCAGCAGCCGAGUUCAGGAAGAUCGUUCAACCACUUGUUUAAUCAUUACUGUAAUUCACGUGUUCUGUAAUGUUGUAUCAAAGUGAUUCAUGAAUUUGAUUUAAAUAAAAUAAGUGCCAUGCA